CGCUCGGUCGUCGUCGGUCGUUGGUCGUCCGCUGUGAUCUGCUCUAUAUAGCUUAAACGCAUAUAGAUCAGCUAUAUAGUCCCGAUUUUCCAGCAAUAUUUGAUCUAUAAACAGCAGCUGGACACGGUUCCGGUGGUUAGUGUCCGCGAAAUCGCUGCCAUGUGUCCAUCUUUCUCCGUGUUGGCCAAGUUGUGACCCAAUUUUGAUGUGUGGCUGGCUGGCUGGCCAUUUAACGAUUAGUGGCCAUUACGGUUGAGUGUUUGUUUAUUUUUUGCUGUGUGCCACCGCACAAAUGAUUCCAAAAAUGAUUGCGUAAUUUACUCAGUGGCGACAAUUCGCGCGAAAAGAAUUACUUCAAAAAGAAAGUUGAGUUUUUACUAUUAAUAUUACGAGUGAUUUAAUUGAGUGGUCGCCAUGAAGAAGCUGCAUCUGGGGGCCAAGCACAAGGGCAAGUCCUACAAGCCCUUUAGGAACAAGAAUCGAAGGCCAUCGUCUCCAUCUCCAUCAUUGGCAACGCCGUCGCCAUCGCCAUCGCCAUCGCCACCAUCACCAUCGCACCAUCUGGCGGUGCUGCUCCUGCUCCUGCUCCUAUCGUCGCACCCUGUCGUCGCAAACGCCGGCAAGAUAUCCUCGUUCGAAGAAGACUAUCGGGCUGACAGGCCCAUGGUGCAGCGCGCCUCCUCCUCGGAUGCACCCUCCGUUCAGGGUGGCCAACAUCGGGAGUCUCGAUUUGGCCUCGGUUACCCAUCCUACCAGAGUGGCUACAACAAGCUAUUCACACAGGGUUCUGCCGACUCGAACUACUCACAACCGUCAUCCGAUCUGUCGCUAGACGAGGAAAAGGAAUCGCUUCGGCGAGAAAAGGAACGUCAGGCCUUAAGCCAGUUGGAUAAAGCGAGGAGCAAACCAGUGGCGUUCGCUGUGCGAACCAACGUAGCUUACGAUGGCGCCAUCGACGACGACUCGCCGGUGCAGGGCGGCGCUGUUUCGUUCGAGAUGCGGGAAUUCCUGCACAUCAAGGAGAAAUACGACAAUAACUGGUGGAUCGGCCGGCUGGUCAAGGAGGGCUGUGAUGUGGGCUUCAUACCCAGCCCCGCUAAGCUAGACAACAUUCGUAUGCAGAACCAAACCAGACCCUCAAGACUGUAUGGCACAAAGGGCUCGUCGAGCGGUAAUCUUGGUGCGGGCGGACAAGCAGGUGCGGAGCCAUCUCGAGGUAGCACACCCCCCACACCUGGUGACGAAUCAGAUUCCAUGGGACCAGGACGUGGCAAGACACCGCUGGCGACGGCCAACAAGGAGAAGCGUAAGCCGUUCUUCAAGAAACAGGAAACGGCCAGUCCCUACGAUGUGGUGCCAUCGAUGCGUCCGGUUGUGCUGGUGGGACCGAGCCUCAAGGGCUACGAGGUCACCGACAUGAUGCAGAAGGCCCUCUUUGACUUCCUCAAGCACCGGUUCGAGGGACGGAUCAUCAUCACCCGUGUGAUGGCCGACAUCUCGCUGGCCAAGCGCUCCAUCAUGAACAAUCCCUCGAAGCGGGCCAUUAUGGAGCGUUCCUCCAGCCGGAGCGAUUGCCUCGGCAAGGUUCAGGAGGAGAUCGAGCGCAUCUUCGAGCUGGCCCGCUCCCUGCAGCUGGUCGUGCUCGAUUGUGAUACAAUCAAUCAUCCGUCACAACUAGCGAAAACUUCAUUAGCGCCAACAGUAGUGUACUUAAAGAUUAGUAGUAGUAAGGUUUUACAGCGUUUGAUCAAAUCACGCGGCAAGUCGCAGGCGAAAAACCUCUCCGUUCAAAUGGUAGCCGCCGAGAAGCUGGCCCAAUGUCCACCGGAUAUGUUCGAUGUGAUCCUGGACGAGAAUCAGCUGGAAGAUGCCUGCGAGCACAUUGCCGAGUACUUGGAGACCUACUGGAAGGCCACACAUCCGGAUAUACGAGCUGUGCCGCCCAUUGCCCGCCCCUUGCCGCAGGAGGCCUCACCCUCGGCGGAUCCUGCGCAUCUGGGUCCUACGCCACCAGUAGAUGGCGAGGAAUAUAUCGAUGAGCAGGAUCCCAGGAUGGGCGGGAUGUCCGGUCCUGGUGGGGAUCGCGAGGGCAGUCGGGAGCGGGAUCGGGAUAGCAGGGAGCGGGAACGGGAGCGGGACAGGGAGAGGGACUACUGGGAUCGGGAGUUCAACCGGGAUCGCAGCUCCAAGGAUCGUGAAAGGGAUCUGGAGUGGGAGCGGGAGAGAGCUCGCGAGUGGGAGAGAGAGCGGGAAAGAGAUUGGGAUAGGGAGUUCGAUUGGGACCAAGGAGGAUCCUCUUACCAUCACAGCCGCCGACAAACGACUUCCGGUCGCCACCAGGAGCGCGGUGGUGGCGUUGGCGCCGGCGGCGGAGUUGGAGUUGGUGGUGGUGGCGGCGUUGGUUACGACCGGGACCGGGAACGAGACCGAGAGCGUGAACGGGAGCGUGAGCGGGAGCGGGAGCGGUACGAGCGACGGGAGCGGGACCUCAUGCACUAUGACCUCAACAGUGACGAGCUGCUGGACGAGCGUAACUUUGAGUAUCCGGCGAUGCGAAGUGGUCCCAGCGGCGCCUCCCACCACGGCCAUCUGUCCCGCGGUGGUCGACUCCUCGACGAUCAGGACUUUGAGCGCGAAGAGGCGCAAAUGCGGAUGAGCAGCUCCCGCUAUGGACCCUCCACCAGGAUCGAUGAUCCCAGAGAUUUGCCGCGCGGCGCCACCGUUGUCGAUCGCGAUGAAUACAGUCCGCACAGAGGUGGUGGGAGUAGUAGGAGAAUGCUGAAUGCCAUGUCCAGGCCAUUGUCCCUGCCCCGGCAAUCGUCCCUGCCGAUAAGCCGGGCACCCAUUUCCUAUCUGCCCCGCCAGUAUUCCCUGGGCAGUCACUGGCUCUCCUCCUCCUCGCAGAGUUCCCUGGAGCAGAGUUCCCGUUCUCGCCGUGAGCUUUAUCCGCUGCUGCAUCAGCCGCAGUCACAUCCCCAGGCCCGGUCCACCCAUUACACCGCCCAUUCGUAUGCACCAGCUAGCUCCCAGCAACAUCCUUCAUCCCAUUCCCAUUCCCAAUCACAGUCACAGUCACGAUAUCGCUAUUCCGUGCAGGACACGUCCUUUGCCCACCCACCAAGAUCGCUGAGGGACGAGUUCCUCAGCCCCACCAUGAGCAAGGUCGAGGCUGUCACGCAUGCCAUUCGCAACAAGAUCAUUGUGGAGGAGGACGAGGAGGAUAUCCUGAGCACGGAUCGGUUCUAUUAAAGAGAUUUCAGUCAUCAUUUCGCAUCGGUUAGCCAGAUCCACACCACUUCAGUGAACGAAUGAUUACAGAGGGGGAAGGCCCCUUUUGGGUUACUUUUUGGGGGGCAGCAGUGCCAAAAACACAUUUGUAAAUGUUCCAUUCGAUGAUCUAAUUAUUAGCCACAACACACACAAAACACACCCAUUAGCUGGUUAAAGUUAAAGUGAGCGUUAAAGGCGGCAGUUAAAGUAAAAUGAAAAAGAAAACAAGUGAGAAGAGCAGCCCAAUGCCAAGUGGGGCCUUAUGUGUCUUAAAAAUGCUAUAGCUAAGUGUAAUCAGAUUUUAUUUCGAGUAAUGUGUAUUUAAAUUAAACGAUCUAAGCCUAAGAGUUAAGCUAGUGACAGGUCCCGUUGAAAAGAAAUUAAUGGUUAAAUAAGCAGCCACAUGGGUCUCGUAUUUGUUAUGCAAUCGAUUGACUAAGUACAUACAUAAGUGUCAGCUUUAAUAAUUUAGUGAAUGUGUCUUAAUCUAAGUCAGGCCACACACCACACACAUCACACACCACACACACACACCACUCAGUUGACUGUGAAACCGGUUGAAAUCUCUUUAAUCUCAAAUCGAUGUCUAAUUCUCGCAUUCAAACUGUUUCUUCCUCUGCACAGAAUCAGCCCACCUGCUAGGUAUUCUUCUAAUUGAAACUAAGGGCACUCAACGUGUACAGUGCGUUUCAUAGGCAAGCGUAUAACCCAACUUAAAUAAUACUAUUGAAAAUAUUCCUCCAGUUAAAGAUUUAAACCCUUUAAUAGUUGUACUCAGAUGUAGGUCCAAUAGUUUCUUUAUUCAAGAGCAAUCAUUACUCACUUAACCAUUGCCAUCUUAGUAUCUAUACUCGGUGACUGACAAACAAUUGAAUCUUCCAAAUUAAAAUGGUUUCUCUAACACAUUUCUCCUUACGUAGAUACACUUAUUUAUAUAACUUAAAAGGGCGACCAAAACAAGAGAUCCAACUGAUUCCGAUAGUAAGUUACUAAUCACAAUAAAUAAUCCUUGGCUAAUAAUAAUGUUAUUUCUAAUUACUAGAGUUUAUUCAAACUAUUAAUUUAUUAACUACAACGCCUUGAGCGAAACGCACUGUUCUGCCACCUGCAUACCUGUAGAAAAAUCCCCCACUUUCCUGUCUUUCCUUUGCCAAAAAAAACAGCAAUACCAUCGACACCUAGAUACCUUGUCACACCAUAUCAUGCCACACACCUGCCAAAAAAGCGCACAGUUCGCGACUGCAAAUCGAAACUAUAUGUGAACAUAUAUAGUUGGAUUGCUCGCGAAUAGCCUUUAGUCCUGGAUCGAAAUCCAUUAUAAAGAUCAGGGCAAGGGCACAGCGAUUUAAACUACCAGUGCCUUAAAAAAAAACCAUCAAAUCGAGUAACUACACACAGAAGCACACUACCCCAGCCUCAGCUCCCUACCAGAGAGAUCAUUUCACCCGAUAUAUAUAUAUUAUAUAUAUUCGCUUGCGUCAAAAUUAUUGUUCCGGUAGCCGUAAAAAUGUCGUGAUCUGGCCCAUUCCGAAUGAGAGCACUCCUUUUACAAUUCCAACCACCAUGCUAAAAUUUCGUCGAUCAUUCGUUGUCGAACUGAGCUAGCGCCCAACAAUGAUGAACCGCACUGCAUUCAAAUCGAUCGCCACCUCGAGUAAGAUGAGUAUAAUGAAUGACAUGGAGGUUAAGAGGUUUUCAGAGAUUUUCCAACUGAUAACUCCAUUGGAAUCCUGUAUUCCUAGGUAGUAAUAUCUCUGGCAAACUUCCGAAUCUAAUGUCUUUAAGUAGCCACUAGCUAGUUGAUCCGUAAGCACUCCCGCAGAAGCUAUCCAAGACUGCAGCUGAUGAUCCGCCCCAAAAAGAGAGCCGGAACUCUGGGCGGGAUCAGCGAUAGCUAUCGGUAGAACGGUGCACUCCUAUGUAGAAGACAGGCCAGGCCAUGGCCCUGAUGUUAAGAGCAAAGAUCUAGUACUUUUUUUAUAUAAGAGAUACAAGGUGAUAAAAUUAAUUUUUGAAAAGCAAAUUUGAACAGAGCACUUCAAGUAAUGAGAUACAGAUACAGAUACCUAGAGCAAAUUGUUAGCAGCAUUCAGGAGGGAAAGAGUUUGAAGACACUAAAAAAAAAGGACUCCAGGGGGAAAUGAGAGGUGUGUGUUUUGCUAAAUUACUUUCAAAUUAAAAAUAUAUAUAUACAUCUCCGGGGACAAGAGAAUGUGUGUGGGGGAUUGGUCAGGGGCACUGGUUUGGAGCCGCUUUGAAGAGCAAACAGAUUAUGAACACAACAAAUGGAAAUUAACCGAAAGCAACAUACGAUACGCAAGCACUUAAUGUAAAAAGUGAAAAAAAAAACAAAAAAUGAUCUAUGUAUUAGCUAAACCUAAAUGAAAUAUUACUUUUUAAUACUAGCGUAAAGUUGAAAACAAAACCUAGAUACGAUCCUUCGCAGCUAAGCAGGGGCUAAACGGAAUACUUAAGUUUAAACUUUAAACGGUCAGUGGAUGCGCGAUGUGUGUAAGUAAGAAUAAUAUUGCACAUAAUUCACAGAACUGGUAAUUCAAAAUACUAUAAUAAUGGUAAAUAUAUAUAUAUAUAUAUAUAUAUAUUUAAAAAAAGGAUACAUACAUUUAUAAAACGGUGCAUAUACAUUUAUACGUGCAUAUGUACGCUCUUACUAUAAUUAACAAAAUUUAAACCGAUAUACAGAUACAACACAGCCGGCAUUUUGUAAGCGUGAAAACCAAAACAGAAAAUACAAAUAAAGGAAAAACAUAAAAUGUAAUGAACAAAUAAUAGAUUAUCCCAGAUAUUGUUAGUUACCUUCUUCUUCUGCAAAAAGGGAAAAUAAUGAAAACUUUAUCGUGGAAAUUGUCAUCAGAUCUGAUAGGAAUAUAUUGAAGAUACGUUGUAAGAUGCCUUAAGUUUCCCAAACCGAAUUCUUUGAAAUUUUCAAAUUAAAAUGCUACACUCGAUAAAAUUCAAAAUAUUCCAACACCGUAACCUUCUAUCAGAUGGAUGGACGAAAGGUCCAAAGGCUCACUGCCUAAAUACGUUUUUGCAAAACAAAACAAAAAACAAAACCCCAGGUUUGCUUCUAAUAAAUAGAAUUUUUUUAAAUAAAUAAAUCUUAUUUCCAAUUAAACAAAACAAAAUUC